UUCAGUAGCCGGAAGUGUGGUGCACAACACGUUUCAAAUGUAAUGGAUGGCCAGCUGACGUAAAAUUGUAUCUUGAUAUCAAUAAUGUUCCAAUUCUACAUAACAGCAAAAGCAUAACGUUGACUUGGAUAUAUAUGUAACAGUAUUUAUAAACUUUUUAAAAAAUACAGUCAUGGAAGAGGUAACGGUAGAGACAGCCGAGGAGAUAUUAGCAAAGCAACAUCGCAAGGAGAAGAAGGACCUGCAAGCUAAAAUCCAGAGCAUGAAAAAUGCUGUCCCCAAAAAUGACAAAAAGAGGCGUAAACAGCUGACAGAGGAUAUUAUCAAGCUGGAGGCUGAUCUGAAUCAGAAACACAACGAGGAACUCCAAAAACUAGACUCAUCGUCAGGAGGAGGAGGAGAGAAGAAGGUGGAAGAGGUUGUGAAUGGAGUAGAGUCCCUGGCUUUGGAAGGAGAGGAGGAACUGAAAGUUCCCAAACAAGGGCGAGGUCCGUCCAAGGCACAGAAGAGACGGGAUAAGAAGGCAGCCGCGGAGAAGGAGAGAGAGAGUCGUAUAGCGGAGGCUGAGGUGGAGAACCUGUCUGGGCUGAGACACCAGGAGGGACUGAAGCUGUCCCAGAAGCUGGUAGAACGCCAGCUGCAGAUCAGGGAGAUCUCCUCAGAUGGCCACUGUAUGUACCGUGCUGUGGAGGACCAGUUGGGGCAGCACGGUUUAGGUCUGACCCUGAAGGAGCUCCGGGCCCAAACCGCUCAGCACAUGAGGAGCCACACAGACGACUUCCUUCCCUUCCUCACUAACACCAACACAGGGGACAUGUACACAGCUGAUGAGUUUGAGAAGUAUUGCAGUGACGUGGCGGACACAGCAGCCUGGGGUGGACAACUGGAGCUGAGAGCUCUGACACAGGUCCUUCAACUGCCAAUAGAAGUGCUCCAAGCAGAUUCCCCAGCUAUAAUGAUUGGAGAGGAAUUUGACAAGUCACCCAUCACCCUUAUUUACAUGCGUCAUGCGUACGGACUGGGAGAACACUACAACUCAGUGGAACGUCUGAAAGACCCUGCCACUCAAGGGGAAGACUGAGACUCUCAUUGAGUUCCAUUAUAAUGAAUGAUAAAGUCAAGCAGUGGUGGAAAUGGACAAAAAAGUCACUAUUGGGAAUCCACCAAUGUAAAAUCCUUGAAUUCACAAUGUCAAAUGACAUAAUGAUUUCACUCCCAGAGACACUGCCCCCCCCUCCCCCUCCCCCUCAAUUCAACUAUACUGAACAAAACAAAAUAUAAACGCAAGUGUUGGUCCCAUG